GACUCACAUUGAGACAUGCCAAGAUGAAAAUAGAUCAAUAUUGCAGAGGACAGGGUCCUCUUGAUAAAUGUAUGCCAUGAGCGCAGGUAUAUAAACCGGCUUCGCGACCACCUUUCAGCAUCAUCCAUCAACCAACAGCACUCUCAAUCGCUCAACUGUCUUCAAGGUUCUGGAAACCAUAUUCCUCUUUACAAGCUCCAACAUGUAUCAGAAAAGCCUUCUCUUCUCUCUCCUUGCCACCGGCGCCUUCGCUGCUGUCCAUGGAGGCUCCCACGGUCACCUGACCAAGCGCUACACCUUCCCCCUUCCUGACUCCAAGGGCAGCGAGACCUUUGACGAGCCCAAGGAAAUCACCGAUGUCUUCGACGGAGGCAUGAAGACGUACGGUCGUGGUGUUGAAUGUACCGGCCAAAGCGAGGGUGGCGAAAGCGACGCCGUCUUCAUCAUCAAGGAGGGUGGUACUCUCAAGAACGCCAUCAUUGGCUCUGACCAGAUCGAGGGUGUGCACUGCCAAGGUGCUUGCACUGUAGAGAACGUCUGGUGGGAGUCUGUGUGCGAAGACGCCCUCUCCCUCAAGGAAGGCAGCGGCCCCUACCGCAUCAUCGGCGGUGGAGCCCAGGGCGCCGAUGACAAGGUCAUCCAGCACAACUCCGGCGGCGAAGUCAGCAUCGAAGACUUCACCGUCUAUGACUUUGGCAAGCUCUACCGCUCCUGCGGCAACUGUGACUCCAUGUCCGAGCGGACUGUGACCAUCUCUGGUGUCACGGCCGUGAGCGGCAAGUCUCUUGCUGGUAUCAACAGCAACUAUGGCGACACUGCCACCAUCACUGUAUGUUCUCCUGGCUGUGAUUGUUGUCUUCGUGGCUAAUAUGGCAUGCACAGGAUACUUGCGCUAGCGAUGUUGAUGACAUCUGUGUUGAGUAUGAGGGUAACAGCAACGGCGACGAGCCUGAGAAGAUUGGUUCUGGACCUAGCGAUGCGUGCAAGUACACUGAGCCGCUUUCCUCGUGCUAAGGGCUUUUUUCAAACUGUUGCUGGCUUGACUUCUGUGAAUUAGUAUUAGUAUUCAAUGCCACUUGAAUUGAUAUAUGUAUUCAUCAGAGAAUGAAAACUUUGUCGACGU